AUGGAGCCUCUUCUCACUCCCACUUGGGGUAAAUUCACCCUCUUUCCCAUCCAGUAUCCAGAUAUGUGGAACAUGUAUAAGAAAGCGGAAGCUUCGUUUUGGACAGCCGAAGAAGUAGAUCUGUCAAAGGACUUGGGAGACUGGGACAGUUUAAAUCCAGAGGAGCAGCGCUUUGUGAAACACAUCUUGGCGUUUUUCGCCUCUAGCGAUGCCAUAGUAAACGAAAACCUCUUGGAAAGAUUCAGCAGGGAGGUUCAAGUGGCCGAGGCCCGUUGUUUUUACGGGUUCCAAAUCACCAUGGAAAAUAUUCACUUUGAAAUGUACAGUCUGUUAAUCGACACCUAUGUGAGAGACAGCAACGAAAAAACACGCCUCUUUCAAGCCACACAAACGUUGCCAUGUGUGAGGAAAAAAGCCGAGUGGGCUCUGCGGUGGAUCGCUGAUGAAAAGGCUUCCUUUGCCGAGCGGCUGGUCGCUUUCGCAACUGUAGAAGGCGUACUUUUCUCCGGCUCAUUUGCGGCGAUAUACUGGCUCAAAAAAAGGGGACUGAUGCCCGGCCUCACCUUUUCCAACGAACUAAUCAGCAGAGACGAAGGCUUGCACUGCGACUUUGCCUGCCUGCUUUACACACGUUACAUAGUUAACAAGCCUUCCCACAGCACUGUUCGAAGCAUCGUUGUGCAGGCUGUAGAAAUGGAGCGAGCAUUUUUCGCCGAAGCCCUACCGGUCGAGCUUCUCGGCAUGAACGGGGCUUUGAUGAAUCAGUACAUCGAGUUUGUCGCAGACAGGUUGCUGGUGGCCUUGGGUUACGAUAUGAUUUACAAAUCGCAAAAUCCAUUUGAUUUCAUGGAAAAUAUAUCUCUGGAAGGGAAAACCAAUUUUUUUGAAAAGAGGGUGGGAGAAUAUCAGAGACUGGGAGUAUGUAACUCAGAGGCGACCAAUGUGUUUAGAACAGAUGUAGAUUUCUAA